UCACAAUUACCUGUUCUACCAGAACUGAUAUGAGCGCGUGUUAGCUAGCACAUGCCACGUUGGGAGAAGAGCCAAAUCUAAACUGAACUGCCUUUACAGCACCAGCAACGGGGGCUCGCGAGGACCAUUUGAAUUUAAUCCACCUCCAAAAAAACUCAACCAAGUGGUAGUUAACAAACCUCUGAAACAAACUGAGCCGACUGAGGAUCUGAGAGACUCGCAAGGAUGCACUUGUUGUUCGCCAGCUGCGCGUGUGCCCUCCUCAUCACCGCGCUCCUCCGCCAAGUCAGCGGUUUGGAGACUGUUAUCGGCCUGUAUGGGGAAACACUCGAAAUCCCGUGCAACAAAGGAGCAGUAAAAGCAGAAGACGUCGUGAUGACUAAAUGGAAAUAUGACAAAGGAGAUGGACUUUCAGGACACCUGCUGGUCAAGCAGAAAAACCAGAAUGUCUCAAUCAGUGCCACUGAUGAAUACAAGGGCCGCGUAAGCCUGGCUGCAAACUCCGGUCUGCUGCUUUCUGCGGCCAAGCUGACUGACCAGCGGACCUUCACCUGCAUGGUGGUGGCUAGUGCAGACAUCACAGAAUACCCAGUUACUGUGGUGGUCUACAAGACACCAGCAGGCCUAGAGAUUUCUGACAAAGCAGAGGAACUAGAGAUUGGCAAACUUACUAAGCUAGGAACAUGUGUUGCACAAGACGCCAAUCCAGCUGCAAAUAUCACAUGGUUAAAGAACAAUAAACCUCUAGUGGCUGAUGGGAAAGGGAUUUCCAUCCAAGCCUCGGUGCUGGUAGACCCUGUUACUGGCCUUUCGACCACUUCCUCCAUACUGGAGUACUCGGCCGAGAAGGAAGACACGGAUGCCCAGUUCACCUGCAGCACUCAACACACUGUGGGCGCAGAGCAGGUGUCCUCUCCAGUGACCUUCACUAUCACCUACUCCACAGAGAACAUCGUCCUUCAGGUCAUUGCUCAGGACCCUCUAGUAGAAGGAGACAAUGUGACUCUGAAGUGUGUGGCAGACGGUAACCCAGCUCCUACCAGCUUUAAUUUCCACCUUAAGGGAGAGUUGGUGAAAGUGGAAGAUGCAGAUACUCACACCAUCACAAAUGUCUCACGUGACACCACUGGUGAAUACAAAUGCUCUCUCAUUGACAACCCAACAAUGGAAGCAUCCAAGGACAUCACAGUCAACUACCUAGACAUCAAUUUAAGCCCCUCUGGAAAUAUCAUCAAGAAUGCUGGAGAGGCCUUGGAUGUAACUCUCCAGAUUGAUGCUUCCGGAGAAUCAAAGGUCUCCUGGACAAAGGAUAAUGUUAAACUGGACAAAGAGCCCAAGUUUACCAAGGUUACUUACUCGGACUCUGGCCUCUAUGAGUGCGAGGUGACAAUGGGACUCCUCAGCCGAAAAGCUGCUUUUGACCUGGUUGUCGAAGAUGUAUCUGAAGAGUUACGUGCUGUUGCAGGUGCUCCAGUUAUCAGACAGCUGUCCAAACAGCGCGGUGAAGACGGCCAACAUAAAGUCUUGAUUUGUGAGGCUGAAGGUUCUCCAAAGCCAGCUGUUUCCUGGAGCAUCAAUGGCACCUCGCUUGAUGAAAGUCCCUUCGUCAACGGAAAGAUAACACACAAGAUCACAGUUGUGCCUACUGCAAAUCUGACUGUCUCUUGUACGGUGUCCAAUGAGUUUGGCGUGGAUACCAGAGCUAUAAAUGUGUCAUCCUUAUUUGAGGAGGUGAGAAUGGAUAAACAAGACCAAUCAGAUGAUAGCGACCAAACCAAGUUGGUGGUUGGAGUUGUAGUCGGUCUCCUCGUCGCCACUGUGGUUAUAGGCCUGGCAUACUUGGUCUACAUGAAGAAAUCCAAGCAAGGAAGCUGGAAGACUGGUGAAAAGGAGAACGGGUCUUCUGAGGAGGAGAAAAAACUGGAGGAGAAAGUGGAGGAGAACAGCCAAAAGGCUGAGGUGUAAAAAAACAGCAACCAUCCUUUGGGAAUGUGAAAGUGAGAAUAUGGAACUUUUGCACAUUUCUCUUCACCUCUGUCUUUUGGGGGAAAAACAAGUGUACAUUGGGAUGAAGACGAUUUGGUUUCAGGGAGAAUUUUACUAAAAAGCAUAUCCAACCCCCACCCCCUCAAACCCGCACCCCUCCAUUCCUAAAAAAAAAAAGGAAAAAAAAGAAGAAUGGAUACUGUAUGUGAUAUACAUAACUUGUCUGCACUGCUGAUACACAUGUAAACUUGUCUACUAUUAGGAUUCAUGUCUGUUAGAAUGAAAUUUGGGAAACUUGAGAAAAUGCUGAUCUUUUUGGUUUUGUUAGUUGAUGCAAGUAAAAUUACUACUAGACCAGUUGCCUUUGCUGUAAGGAUGUGUAGGCCUUCAUUAGUCUGUGUUUGACUCUUCGGCCCUCGGAGACAUAGCAGGAACCGAGGGACAUCACCGCCAUCGCUUCUUAGUUUCACAUCAGGAUAGUCGUAACAAUCUCUGCCUUCAACAUCAGUGUACUAAAUCUGUUUAUUUGUUCAUUCAGGCGUAAAAACACGUUGAAAUUGAGAUGAACUUCCUGAAAGGGCUAUGGGUAUAUUGUUAUACUCGGCAUUAGUUAUAGAUGGUAAUAUGAUUUACAUGUUGCAUUGCAGGAAGUAGGUGAUGUGCCACAGAGUUCUUUGGUGUUACAUGAUUUUUUUUGUUCUUUAAUUGUGUGUACCUCUUUGCAAAGUAACCAGGAGAUGAAAAUGACAGAAACUCAGUUCAUUUUGCUUGUCUCUUUUUCAAAUGUACUGUACAUUCAACAUAACCACUGUAUAACACAAGCAGGUAGAUUAUUGAGAGAAUGUAUAGCAUAACUCAUUUUUCGCAGGAAAAAGUCAUUGACCCUGUAGAAGUUAAAUGAUUUGUUUUUUUUGUUUAUCUGUCAAGGCUGUAAGGGAAUUCUCAAUUUGUGCUCCAUCACUGUUGAGGUAUGAUUGUUUAUUCUGUAGCUAUGGCAUAAUUUUGUAAUGGACCACACGGACGACAGAACGUUUGUGUCAAAGUAGCCGUUAUGAUAUGUUUGCCUUCUUUUGAAAAUCUACCUGUAAUUGCUUCAGUUUGUGAUGUGCACUAGUGCUCAUGUUUUCAUGUCAGAUUUGUGUAGAAUACGAUGGAAUACGUGCAGCUGUACAUGUCACAAUUUUGGUCCUUCAAGAGCAUUUACUAAAUUCAAAAAUGUAUCAAGAUCAGGAUGUAAUUGUUAAGUGUGUGGCUUUAAUUUUCUUUUUGCUAUUUAUAUUGUACAAGAUAAAAUGUCCUGGUAGGCAAAUUCAAUAAUUGUCACAUAAUUCAUAACUUGGAUUCAAACCAUUGAUAAAUUGCUUGCAGACUUUACAAAAAAUGUAAUUAAGUUCUGAGUCAGAUAGAUUCAGCAUGUGAUAAUCUCAGACCUCCAAGCUGCUGUUUGUUGCCUACCUUGUUGAAAACCAUCAAAUUGGAAGAAUGACCAAAGAAAAUGAGCAUUGCCAUGCAAGUAUUGUAAAUACCUGAUGUUUGUUUUUGUACUUUUGUUUAAAAUAAAGUGUACAUUUGGAAAAGUUA